CAGCCGCGACUACAACCAUAACUCACCACUAUGCCACGCAGACAUGGAUAUUCUUAAAGAAUAUCAUUCUUGUAGUGGGGUCCUAAGAACACUGGUAGCCUGCUCCUCUAUUAAUCCACCCACGAAGAUGGCCGCCGCGUCCUUGGGGACUGCGCCAGAUGCAACGCACUGCGCGAGCGCGCCCUCCACGCCGCAACGGGAACGAAAAAAUCAAACAAAUGCGCAGCUUUUUGCUGGGGGAGCCCUCGUCAGACGCCUCGCGAGCUGGGAACCGUCUCCUUUCCUCUCGUGA